AUCCUUUGAAUUAUCGUCUACAUUUUCUCUUCGUCUUUGGACAUGACUCUGGACAUGGAUUUUUGGACUUGGGACUCGAAGAGUACUAUUCAUGUUUAUGUUCAUGUUCAUGUUAAUGUUCUUGUCUGUGGAUUACUGCUUCUCAGCUGCUUCCUGGAAUUUGGAUCGAAUGCCCAACCUCUGCCUCAACAAGAAGUGAGAGCCCUUCAAGCAAUAUCUGCAGCGCUAAAGAACUUAAAUUGGAACGUCCGCCAAAAUUCUUGCAUAAAUGGCGAUGGCUUCUCCAAUAGUGUUAUCAAAGAUAAGUAUAAUAUCAGAGAGGUGAAAUGCAAUUGUUCCACUGCUUGCAGCGUCAUCAGCAUUCGGCUAAAGCGUCUCAAUCUAGUUGGAGUUCUACCGGCAGCAUUUGCGAAUUUGACUCGGUUGCAGCGGCUAGAUCUCACUCGCAAUUUUAUAUCUGGAUCAAUCCCUAGGGAGUUUGGUCGCAUUCCUCUUGUUGAGUUUUCCAUGGUGGGAAAUCGACUAAGUGGUCAGAUUCCUCCAGAAAUCGGUGAUAUCGUUUCACUUGAGAAAUUGGUUUUGCAUAAUAAUCAGCUUGGAGGAAGUCUCCCUGAAAACCUUGGAAACCUGAGGCGCUUGCGAAGACUACUUCUUUCUGCAAAUAAUUUCACGGGGUCAAUUCCAGACACCUAUGGAAACUUAAGGAACUUGACUGAAUUCCGGAUUGAUGGAAAUGAUGUAUCAGGAAAGCUACCCGAAUUUAUUGGCAACUGGACCAAACUUGAGAUACUAGAAAUUCAAGGAACGUCUAUGGAGAAUCCUAUUCCUCGUGCUAUUUCCGAGUUGAAAACUUUAACUGAACUGAGGAUAACUGAUUUGAAGGGACCACGGAUAAGUUUUCCCAAUUUGACUCUACUGACAUCUUUAAACAUAUUGGUCCUAAGAAAUUGCUUAAUUGAGGAUACAAUCCCCAGAUAUAUUGGACAGUUUAAUCGACUAAAAACUUUAGAUUUAAGCUUCAACAGAUUGACUGGUCCAAUUCCAAAUUCAUUCGAGAGGCUAUUGGAAGUUACUCGGUUCCUGUUUCUGACCAACAACUCAUUAAGUGGUCAAGUACCAAGCUCGAUUGUUAACAGCAAAGCGAACAUAGAUUUAUCUUACAACAAUUUUACAGGGCCGCCCGUUUCAGUUUGUCAACAGUCUAAUGUGAACUUGGUUUCUAGUCAUUCGACUACAAGGAAUGAAACGGUUCUUUGGUGCCUAAGGAAGGAUCUCCCUUGCUCUAGAGAAGCUCGAUUUCAUUCAUUGUUCAUAAAUUGUGGAGGACAAAGCUUGAAGAUUGAUGGUAGUGACUACGAAGAGGAUGUUACUCAGGGUGGCAAAUCCAAUUUCGUUUCUUUCUCAGAAAGAUGGGGUUACAGCAGCACAAUGGUAUUUUCUUGGAACAAUGACGACAUUCCUUACACAGUAAGUAGCAACGUGUCUUCUUUAGGAAUCUAUGGGACAGCACGACUCGCGCCUCUUUCACUCAAAUACUAUGGAUUUUGCUUGCGGAGAGGAAGUUACAAUGUGAAGCUUCACUUUGCUGAAAUAAUGUUUACUGCAGACCAAAAGUUCAGCAGCUUGGGGAAGCGCAUCUUUGAUAUCUCAAUUCAAGGAAACUUGGUUCGUAAAGAUUUUAACAUAAUGGAAAAUGCUGGAGGUGUUGGUAAGAGCUAUAUUCUUGAAGAGCCUAAUAUUAUAGUCAAUGGAAGCACUCUUGAGAUCCACUUGUAUUGGGCUGGUAAAGGAACAAAUGCCAUUCCGGAGAGAGGGGUAUAUGGACCUUUGAUAUCUGCAAUCACCGUGACAUCGAAUACGGUAGAUUCUGAUGUGGAGAGUAGAGGGCUGCUAUCAGCUGGAGCUAUUGCUGGCAUUGUUGUUGGUUCAUUUGCAUUCUUUGUGUUAGUAUUGAUUGUUCUUCGAAGGAAGGGUUGCUUGGGCAAUAAGGAUACUGAAGACAAAGAAUUGCGGGCCAUAGAUUUAAGGACGGGUUAUUUCAGUUUAAGACAAAUUAAAGCAGCCACCAACAACUUUGACUCGGCAUGUAAGAUAGGCGAGGGAGGGUUUGGUCCAGUGUACAAGGGUGUACUGUCGGAUGGUACUUUAAUUGCUGUAAAACAGCUAAGGCAAGGGAAUCGUGAAUUUGUCACUGAGAUUGGCAUGAUAUCUGGAUUACAACACCCAAAUCUUGUUAAGCUUUAUGGUUGUUGUAUUGAAGAAAACCAGUUGUUGCUUAUAUACGAGUAUCUAGAGAACAAUUGUCUUGCUCGUGCACUCUUCGGCCCCGAGGAGCACCAACUACGGUUGGAUUGGCCGGCAAGAAUGAAGAUAUGCUUGGGAAUAGCAAAGGGAUUGGCUUACCUUCAUGAAGAAUCUAGAUUGAAAAUUGUUCAUAGAGAUAUAAAACCUACCAAUGUGCUACUUGAUGAGAACCUAAAUGCCAAAAUCUCCGACUUUGGAUUGGCUAAGCUUGAUGAAGAGGAGAAAACCCAUAUCAGCACAAGAAUUGCGGGAACUAUAGGCUACAUAGCUCCAGAGUAUGCAAUGAGGGGUUACUUGACUUACAAAGCCGACGUUUACAGCUUUGGAGUUGUGGCUUUGGAGAUUGUUAGUGGGAAAAGUAAUACAAGUCAUCUGCCAAAAGAGGACUUUGUUCAUCUUCUUGAUUGGGCUUAUGUUCUACGAGAGCAAGGAAAUCUUCUCGAACUUAUCGAUCCGAGUCUGGGUUCACAUUACUCGAAAGAAGAGGUGAUGAGGAUGCUUCAUAUAGCUCUCUUAUGUACGAAUUCAUCUCCAACUCUCAGACCAUCCAUGUCUUCUGUGGUUGGCAUGCUUGAAGCCAAUAUUGUCCUCCAAGUACCAAUCGUCAAGCGUAAUGCAGCCGACCAGGACGUGAGGUUCAAGGCCUUUGAGAAUCUGUCACAAAUAGGUGCGUAAGAAACCAAACCAAUCCAACCCAAAUUGAAUUGGUUCAAUUCAAUACUUUAUGUUCAGUUGAAAUUAAAGUUCAACUUACGAUCGUUAGUUCAGUUGGAGUUACGUUGAACUGAAUCUAAAGGUCUGUUUGGUGA